AUGACCAGCCGCAAGAGGCGCACCGGAGACGAGCGACUCGCCUCGCCGCCUCUCCAUGCCCAGCCCUUGCUCGUCCGCAACCUUGUCCUGCUCCCCGUGUCCCUCAUCGGCUUGGCCCACGACGCAACCUUUGUCGAGCCACUCAGGCUCGACGUCGCCGCAUUGCUGAGCGAUUUUGCGCGGCGCUGGCUCGCACGCGGCCCCGCAAACGACGGCGGCGCAGAGGCCGACCAGCGUGCCUCGCCCUUUCACGUCUUUACCCAGGCAUGGAUCCAUGGCGGCUGGGACUACGUCCACUUUGCCUACACCGACCACCGCGAAACGCAGACACGCUUCUGCGAGACCAUCUCGCGCGUCUUUCUCGAGCGCCUCCUUCCACUGGCCCGCUCUCAGGAGGCCAACAAAUCCGCCGCGUCGCUGAGCGACGACGACGCCUUGGCCGCCGUCGGCGUCGUCUUUGCCCUCUUUCUCCUGUGGGACACGCAGAUCUUUCCUCAAGCCGGCGUAGGCAUCGCACACUGCCGCAGGGCGAUGGAGACGAUCAAGGUCGAGGCCGACCUCCUCGACUUGCUCCUCAAGCUGCCCGCCCUCUGUCGGCCUGCUCUCAACACCGGUGCAAAGGGGGCAGGCCCAUCUCAGCCUAGCGCAUCGCCGCACGCAGCACCGCCCGAGGCGGAUCUCAUCUACGUCCUCCGCAGGCUCUGCGGUCUCGACUGUCAGGUCGGCGACUCAACAGCCGACGACGAGUCUGGUCAGGAGCCCAGGUCCAAACGAAGGAAGCGCACCAAGACGAACCGAUAUGCCAGAGUCACCAUGGCCGACCGGGUCGAAGUCUCCUCUUCAAUUCUCAAGAUCAAGGGGCGUGAGGGCAACCCGAUCCUAGACGUGAUCCCGCCCACCAACAAGGCGACACGGAUCCCACGCAUCUUCCCCUCAUCCCGCCUCAUGACAAGGGCGCAGGGCGACAGAUCUUUUCAUCGAGUGGCAAGGGCCGUGGCCGUCCGCUACGAAGACGAGGCGGAGAGCGAGAAAAGAGGCGGCAGCGAGAGCCCGGCAGGCCCACGGCGACCAGACGGGUCCAACGACGCUCAACUGGCAGACGGUGACCAGGCGACGAACGAGCGCCAAUCAGCCACUCGCAGGAUGCUCGGCAGCCUUUCGCGAAGCGACGUCUUGCGACUGCGCGCCAUGCAGCGGCUCGGCCUCGAUGCGAUCGGCGCCCUUUCCGGUGCUUCGUUGCAACAGCUACGGUCCGAGCCUGCAGCCGAGUCCGACGAGGAGGAGGUCGAGAUCGAGCAUCCCUCGUGGGUCGGCCUAAGCAGGUACACGAUCGGCCUCAGGACCGCGCUCGAAGCGGACCCGCAACUUCCAGACGUCGAUCUCGAUGAGAUCGACCGCCGUGGCGACGAGUACAAGCAGGCGCGAGCACGUCUGAUGCGGACGCAUUCGCGGCCUGACCGCCGGGAGGCUCUUCAAGAUCGAGUCUCGGCGGCCGACGACGUGGACGGGACCGGCGCCGAGGUCGGAACACAUGGCAACGACAGCGAAGGACAAGACGAUGGCGAAGAAGCACACGGCAUUGAUGACGACGGCGACGACGAGGACGAGAGCGACUCGGACCAUGACGAUAGCAUGGGCGGAAGCGAAGACGGCGACGAUAGCGGCGCGCCACGGAUCGACUACCCUGCACUCCUGUUCGCGCGCUUCGCCGCCGGCGAGGCCAGCACGGGCAGCAGCAUCCUGGGCGACGACGGGGUCGAGACCGGCGACCUCGACGUCGAGUCGACCGCCUCGCUGUCGAUUGCCGAAAUGUGGCGAUGGGCGGCCAGAAGGACGAAUGAGGCCUUUCUCGCCUCGAGGAACGAGGCUGCCGGGCCCGUCUCGGCAGUGAUGGGCGCGAGGCAGUCAGGGGCGCGGCUGCCGCUGGCUGCGGAGCGUGGAGACGGCCUUGGCAAUUCUCAUCGCGGGCAAGGUAGCGAUGGCAUCUCGCGCGACGACGGAAACGGCCACGUCAACGACGACGGAUAG